GUUAUGAAGAAGAACGGCCCCGGUCGCGCGUGGGCCCGGCGCCCACGUUCGCCCCGAGACGAAUCGACGAAUCGAUGGCAUUCUUCGAUGGAGCUUUUGGUGGUUUCUCCCGAGGUUUGUCAAUUGGCACCCGCGCCAGCAUCGAAUCAAUCUCGCAAGCGAGCGCGCUGCACGAGAGUUCGGGGCCUCGGAGGCGCCGGCCUGUAGCGAGCGGACAGAGAGAGUCUGGCCGAAUAUUCCCGUCGUUCUCGAGCGCGUGCACUGAAUAAACGUUUGAAUGUGCUUUCGGUUUUAUACGGCCGUGCUCCGCCUCGGCUUCUCUGUCGAGACGCUGGUGAUUCCGGCCGUGUGAACAUGACGACGGCGCUCGGGAGCGACCCGCGAUGCGCGUGUUGAAUUCUUCUGCCCGGGGCUUUUUUUCGGUUUCUUUAAUGGUGAGGGCGGGGGUGUGAUUAUUUUCCCAAUAUUCGACGAAAGGCGGCGGCGCUGCUGUUGGCAGAGGCGGGACGCUCUGUCUUACAGCCCAUCUCCCAUCUCUGUCUCGCCAAAUUCCAGCUCUGUGUUUCUUGCGUAUCGAGAGAUUCGAGGCCCUCUCCAGUUUUCGAUGGUUCUGUCAAACGCGGGCAGUGGGUGACUCGGAAUGCUUUGAAUGGGAUUGCGCAAUUUGAGCGCUGCAUUCGACAUGAUUUUGGAGCUUGGUGACCAAAAAUUUUCAAGAACGAUGGGAUUGCGUCACGAUGAGCACGAUGAAGCUUUUACACUGUCGCAGAACGCCACAGGGCAUGUAUUUCAGGAGCGUUUACAUACGAAAUGCAUGCACGAUAAUGUUCAUCGGUCGAUCUACGUGGAUGCGUUGAGCCUGAGGUUCGUGGACACCGAGCAAUUUCAGAGGUUACGGGAUAUCAGGCAAUUAGGACUUUGUCAUAUGGUGUAUCCGGGAGCCGUGCACACCAGAUUUGAGCACUCCCUCGGCACUUAUUAUCUAGCCGAUCAAGCUAUCACACGGAUCAAGAACUUUCAAGGUGCUGAACUUGGAAUUGAUCGUUCCGACGUCAAGGCCGUUAAACUAGCAGGCCUUCUGCAUGACAUAGGCCACGGUCCGUUCAGUCAUGUCUUUGACAAUGAAUUUCUCCCAAAGAUUUUGCCAGGUGAAAAAUGGAGCCACGAAGAGAUGUCAGUUGAUAUGAUUGACUACAUAGUUGACCUACACCAUAUUGACAUAGAUUCAGGCGACUUAAGAAGAGUCAAGGAAAUGAUACUCGCAAGCUCUUCUCCCGUAAGUCAGAAUUCUAGCAAGGAGAAGCGUUUUCUUUAUGAUAUUGUUGCGAACGGACGCAACGGCAUUGACGUUGACAAGUUCGACUACAUCGAAAGAGAUACUCGUGCUUGCGGCAUUGGAAAUAGUUUCAGCUAUUCGAGACUAAUGGAGAACAUGAGAGUAAUGGAUGACGAAAUAUGCUACCGAGCCAAGGAAGCAAGAAAUGUCUACAACCUGUUUCAAACUCGAGCGGAUCUUCACAGGACUGUAUACACACAUCCAAAAGUGAAGGCAAUGGAGCUAAUGCUAGCAGAUGCGUUUCUCCUCGCGAAUGACUACCUUUUGAUAUCGGAGCAAAUCCAAAGUCCCGAAGAUUUCUGGAAGCUGGAUGAUACAAUAUUAAAGGCAAUAGAAACUGCCUGCCAGCCGGAACUCAAGUCAGCCCAAGAGAUAAUACUACGUUUGCGGCGGAGACAGCUUUACCAGUUUUGCAAUGAGUAUGCUGUGCCCAAAGAAAUGAUGGACCAUUUUAAGGAUGUGACGGCUAAAGACAUAGUCUGUGCACAGACACGUUCCGGAGUUGAGUUGAGAGAGGAAGAUAUUGUUGUCAACAACCAAAAAAUAGACUUGACCCGGGGCCAAGAAGACCCUGUAAGGAGUGUAAGCUUUUUUCAGGAUUAUGAAAGUAAUGAGAAGUUCAAAAUACAGAAGGAACGGAUCAGUCAUCUCCUUCCCAGCUUUUUUCUCGACAGAAUAGUCCGUGUGUACUCCAAAAAGCCUGAAUUGGUGGAGGUAGUUGCGGAGGCGUUCGAGAAUUUCCAACUUAAAACAUAUGGCAUCAAGACUCAAGUACAUGGAACCCCGAGUGGCAAGAAAAAUAAACCCACGUCUAGUUUCUAAUGGCUUUAUCUUCCAAUUCUUUCGGAAGCCUCCAACGUGUAAUAUAAGAUAAAUUCCACCUUUUUCGUGCAAACAGUUGAAAGUCCUAGAUGAAUGGCUUGUUUCUCACAUGUUUUCAUGAGACAAUUGCAUUACGCUGUUCAUCUUCAUUUUUACACUUUGCCUUGAGCUUGUAUAUAGACCAACUUUUCAUUCAGGAGCAGAAAGUAUAAGCUUGCGUUGAAGUAGAAAGAUAGUUGGAGUAUCUUGUAGAAAUGACAUUGUUACACGCUCUGCGCCAAGGUGCUCUCAGGUCAUCAGGGUUCAACCAAUGCUCUAUUUAUGGACAGCAAUAUGUUCACAGAUAAAGACAUCAGAUUUAGACUAGUACGAAGUCCCUCAGUUUUUUGAGCAGACGCCAAGAACUCAAAUUUCUCUUUUAGUGUCUCAUUUCUGUGACAUCUCAACUACAGUUGUCUACAUCCGCAUCACGUCUUUUUACAGCAAUUCGAAUUGUAUUUUUCGCACAAAACAUGAAGGGACUUAAGUACUUACCCUGUAGUUCCUGAUCUACCAAGGGGCAGUGAAGAGAACAGCGGAAAGGUUUAAUGCUAUUACAUUUUCUACCCACGUCAGGUUUCUUCGAAUUUUGUAGUCAAAGAGUAAACGAGGAUAAUCUGUGGCCAUUUCGGAAUUUAGUAUAGAACAUAGGAGUUUUUUAGACAUGCAGAG